GCCACACGGUUCGACGUCGUUGCCGACGAUGUGCUCUCUAGUCCGCACGGUUUUGUAGACGGUCGCGCUCAGUUGCUUCAGUUUGUUUCAGAACAUCAUCAUCAUCAUCCCAAAAGGGCCAUUGGAAGAAGUCACAGCAGCAGCAGCAGCAGCAGCCACCAUUAGAAACAACCAGCAGAGUGAAGAAUAAGAAGAAUGAAAAAACGGCGGCAAGUUUAAUAGUAUUUUCCAGUGUGGUGUACGGAAAACUGUGUAUAUUUUGUUAUUUUUUUUUGUUGUUGCGCGGUAUCUGACCGUGGAAAGACGAUAGCUGCACAAGUUAGAAGUUUUGAUCAGUCUACGAGGUCGUGCCACGUCCCCACGUGGAUGCAGGUGGUAAUCCGAUGACAUCCACCACCACCAUCGCAACCGGAGGAGCAAAUGGUAGGAAAAACUCCAAUCCUGUUGUCGCCAUCGGAUUUCUUCGAUCGAGCAGAGAAAAAAAGUGUGAAUAAUUUAAAAUUGUUUAAAAAAUCGAAGAGUGAGACAAACGGCUCUACGAGGAGUGCUCAAAAAUAUCUGUACAUAACUUACCUGUACGAAAGUUUUAGUGAAUGAGUUCAACCCAAAUUGUCUAUCCUAAAACAUAGCUAGUUAAAAUAGUUGUUUCAAAACGGAAGAAAACGGAAAAAAAAUCUUUCCGAGUGAGUUCCCUAGUUAGAAGAAUAAUACUUUUUUGCUGAUAAGACACCUUUUAAUCUCCGAGAAUACCUGAUGGUUAGUGAAUUGAAACCACCACCAUAUUGAGUGAAAAGUGUGAGUGAAUCGAAACUGCUUUUUUCCCGACGGACGGAACAGAUCAGACAGACGAGACCGACACAGUAGUAGGAUUAGCUGCCGCCCCGCGUCCUCCUUCCCGACCGUUGUUUUGUGGCACAUUGCGACUGCCGACGGGAAUACGAGAUAUUUCCAAAUAGUUGUCGAUAGAAUUUCAACAAUUCAUCAAGCGGAAAACUCGUCGAGUCUCUCAGCGGGACAGCGACAGCAGCCAGCAGAAGAAAACAAAAUGGGCCAACGAAUCAAACUCAAGACCAAAUAAGCCGAGCGAGAGCCGAGUGGUGCGCGAGGAAGACGACGGCCAUCGGAGCGACUUCGGAGAUGGGAGCUUCUGCCAAAAAGGCGAGGAACGUCGUCGUCGUUGUCGUUGUGGGCAGCGAGCGCAUUCUGGCGGGGCCUAUAAAUGUAAAUUGAAUAAUUAAAAAUAAUUCCUCCUGUCGUCAAAGUCGUUCGUCCGAAAGCGUGCGGGUUCGCGAAGAAAGUGUGCAAGCGCGUGUGGAAAGGCCUGGGAAAAGUUAUGGGCAUUUGACAUCGUGAAGAAUUGCGCUACCGAACGACUGGCGGGAAGAGACCACCGAACAUUCCUUUGCCAAAGACGCGGGUGGGUGAGUGCGUAGUGUGACGACCGAGGGCACACCGACCGAGGCCCCAAGGAGCACCGAAGCGAGUGAAGCGGAGGCAAUAAAACCGAAGCCAAUCUCAAGCAGAAAAAAACGUAGAAGAUAUCAGUGAAAAUCAGAAACCAGACUAAUUUCAAGUGGAAAUUGUGUCGUUGAAUUAAACUGUCCAUUCUCUGUCUAUCUAUCUGGUUCUGUCUCUCUGUCUGUGGUGCCUCUUUGGAUGGAGCACGCAAUCCUGUAACGCCGAAACGGACUGACUCUGACUGGGAAUCUGUAAUGUUCACGGAAGCCGAAAAUGUAGCUCACGGAAGCUGCCUACCGGCCUCAAGCCUGUUUGUAGUCGUGCUGUUCGCAGAAGCUCUUCGAAGGUUGUGCAAUAUUUUACUACGUUAAUUCUUUCUAUACUCGACGGCAUCAGCCGGUAUAACUAUACUUCCGUAGUAGUUUCCUGAAACGUAUUAGAGAAGAAGAAAGAAAUAAAUACAUAGGAAAGAUGUUAAAUAUUUGUUACUCGGUAGCUUAAGUGUAACUGUGUCAGCGAAAUAUGUAUAAAACCGAUAUUUUCUAUCCGAUUUUUACUCAGUGUGUGUACUUUGUAGAAAAAAAAACCACUCAAAUCUCAUGGGGUUGUGAACGACAAAACAAAAAGAAAUCUCAAUCACUUUCCACUGUAAAGUUUUAAACGGAGAAAGUAGCAUUAGAAAAAAAAAGUGAAAAAAUUACCGUCCUUCGAAGAAAAGAAAUAUUUUAAAUGUAGACUAGUCUCUAGGCAAAAAAAAACAGAAGAAGAAGAAGAAGAAAAAACAAUAAACAAACUUCGCGCCAAGUCAAGUCAAGUGUUUGUGUGUGUUUGUGUGCGAGUUAAUGUGCCAAAAUCGACAAAACAAAACAACAAGAAAUCACACGGGCGCAGUUAGUGAUACCGGGAAUGAGCAGACGAGUGACAAGCGCGAAUUCGACCCGAAAGUGAUUAAUCUCAUUAGCAGACGCGGUACAACAGCAGAAUUUAUUAAAUAAUCCCUGCCGUAAAUAAUAUUUUUUUCCGCGUUCACGCCCCCAAACCAUCAUCAAACGCGACGUGACCGUGGUGUGGUGUGGCUGCUGGAAGGGCGAAAUAUAUCUUGCGCAUGGAAAAUUAAUUGAAUAAACAUAGCAGCAGACAGCGGCUUGCUCUUCUCCUCUUCCUCUAACCGUGCGCGGAGGCCCUUGCAGGAGGCGGGUUCCGGAGACCUUACACGCGUCUGCAUCAUCUCCUAAUAAAUAUCAAUUUUCCCGAGUGGAGUCCCCAUUGGCUUAUCCGAACUGUGCCGGUGGGAAAAAUAACGUACUCGAAAAUACGAAACGAAAAAAAAAUACGGAAAAGAAAGGAUCGAACGGAAGCAUUAUCCCAUCCGUCGAGAAGGAAGUUUGUGAUUAGUGGGAUUACUUUAUGAUAAGUGGGGGCCCAUUUUGGUGUAAGUGGAUAGAGCGAGAAAAUAAAUAAAUGAAAAAAACGUGGAAGAUCAGGCAAAUGAAAACAGUGCUAAUGAAAAGCAUUAUUCAUCGCCGAAUCUGAGUGUAGAGACACAUACUCCUACAUCCAUCCGACAUACCGACAGACAUCGUCCGAAAAGUGAUCGUUAUUCAAUCGGUGCGGGGUAAAAUUCAACGGGAAAAGUAGGCGUUGAAAAAAAAGGUGGUGUCAACCUGAACUGCCGCUGUUGUGGUGAUUACAACGCGCAUAGACACGCAUCUUGGUAGGCUAGGCUGCGUGCGUUCGUGCGUGCGUCAGUCAGUCAAUCAGUGAGUCAGCCGACAAAGCGUAAAUCUUCGCCGCGAAGGUCAAAAUCAGUAACGUAGACCGACGCCACCCAGUGACCCAGUGGCACUGGAAAUAAGCGGAUCUCGUCGACGGCGUUCAAAGUGCCAGCCGUGGUAGCGGGAAGGGUGCCAUCCGUCGCCUUGGAGCCCGUUUCAACGUUCGUCACAAUCGUCGUUGGACCGCAAAAUGGCCGCCGUCAAUUCGGUACAGAACAGCAUCCGCCUACCGCUGGCCGGCCUGGCACCGCCCCGAGUUCUGAUGUGUAGCGCCUCGAUGGGUGCCGAAGGUUCCGUCACGUUGCAGUUGCGUGAAGCCGUCCAGGCACCGGAUGCCGCCGGAACCGCACUGUCCGAUCACGGUGGGCUCACCAUCGGCUAUCCGGAUCCGGAGAUGUUAGCCGAUAUGCUCGGUUCGUUCCAGAGUGCCUCGGCUGCCGGGUUGGUGGAGCAGCAGUCUUCCGCAGUGAGUGGCGGUAGCAAUUUUGAUCUCAUCCAGGACAGCAGCAGUAGCAAUUGCAGCAGCCGACAGUCCGGGCUGGACCCGGUCGAGCAGCAGCAGCAGCAACAUCAGAACCUUACCGGUACUCUGCUGGGCAAGGCUUCAUCACCCACCGGAUGUAGUAGCAGUAGUAACACUAGUGGUAGUAAAUCAAACGUCAGCUGUAAUGUCAAUGGGAGUUUGACGCUGAGCGGUGGCAGCAUCAAGAGUGAGAUGGCAACCAAAAUCGAUAAGCUGAACGGAUGCAUUCCGGUGAUCGGAUCUGCUUCCUCCUCUCCCAGCAGCAGUAACUGCAGUACCAGCAGUAAUAGCAGUAAUAGCAACAGCUGCAGUAGUAGUAAUAGCAGUUCCAAGUCUACUACAGCAGCACUAGCAGCGGUGACGGCGGCGGCAUCCGCUGCCAACAGUGCCAAUGGCAGCAGUACAACGGUCGUGUCCGCCAGUGCCGUCGCCGCCGCCGCCCUUGUUGGUGGCCAUAGCAGCCGGAGUGACAGCACCAGUAGCUGUAGUAGCAACAGUAGCAGCAGCAGCAGCAGUAGUAGCAGUAGUAGUAGCAGCAGUAACGGUAGUUGCGGCAGCUCCAGUGGCAGUGGAUCGUCGUCGGUCGCGGUCACGGUGAACGGGCUACCGACGGUGGUCAAAAAACCACGGCCCAAAACCGUCUCCCCGACACGACACGGUCCGCAACAGUGUCAGGUUUGCAGUAAAGUGUUCGGGAAUGCAUCGGCCCUGGCCAAGCACAAGCUGACGCACAGCGACGAACGGAAGUAUGUUUGCGGAAUGUGCUCGAAGGCGUUCAAAAGACAGGACCAUCUUAACGGUCACAUGCUGACACACCGGAACAAGAAACCGUACGAGUGCAAGGCCGAAGGAUGUGGCAAGUCCUACUGCGACGCCCGUUCACUGCGAAGGCACACCGAGAAUCAUCACAGUGCUGCCGGCGGACUAGGAGGAGGAGGAGGAGGAGGUGGACUGUCGGGAGCUUCGACACCGACAUCCAGCCCGACGGCAUCGACUACGCUUUCCGCGAUGACGAUGGCCAUGACGACGGCAACGGCUACGACAACGUCGAUGACUACCGGCCCACUCAGUGGGCUCAGCCUCUCGCCGGCCACCGCCAGUGGUGAUGCAAGUUCUCCCCAUGGCGCAACCUGCAGCAUCCAGUUCACUUCCGCACCGACAACGGCACUUAGUUCCACCAGCAGCAGCAACGGCAACGGCAACGGUUCCAACAGUUCCUCGUCCUCCUGCAGCUCCACCUCCGCUACUGGUUCUUCCAAAAGUUUAAACAACAGUAGCGGUGGGCAUCUCAGCGAAACCGGUGCCAUCAGCUCCAAGUCCCCGUCGCCGAGCUCGCCUGCCAGUGGCAGUGGCAACGAAGGACUGACCCGUCAACAGCUGGACCUAAUUACGCAGAUUAUGCAGCAAACGAAGCAGGCGAACGCGGCCGCUGCCGCUGCCGGACAGAAAGUGCACCCCCGGCCACGAACGUGGAAUAUGCAGCUCCAGCUGAGCCAGCACAAAGUGAGCACCGCAUCCGUGAUUCCCUGCUCGAUCUCCACCAGCCAAAGCAGUUCCCAGAGUAGUAGUAGCACCACAAGUUCAGCCACAAUUGCCGCCACUAGCAUCCAAUCGACCACGGCUUCGGAGACGACCACCAACUCGAUAGCGACGCAAAACUCCUCCACCGGCCAUGCUCCGAACAAGACAGACCAGAAACCGGUCGAGUGUAACCUGUGCCAUCGAAAGUUUAAGAACAUCCCUGCCCUCAACGGUCACAUGCGGCUGCAUGGCGGUUACUUUAAAAAGGACACCGAAACGAAGAAAUGUGAUAAAAAAGAACAUACCGGGCCGCCGCUGCAGACCGCCAGUGUCGGGGUUCGGGCCCUGAUCGAGGAGAAAAUCAUCAACAAGCGAAGCAAGGAUUUGAAGAAUCUGUUGUUGAAGGGUUCGUUCGUGGUACCGGCAGCACCGUUAACCGCCCGUAGACUACUGGAAGCCAGUGAGGCUCUGCUAGCUCCCAAGACAGGAACGGUUGCCAUCGUUUCCACCCAAAACGGAACUACGCAAAUCAUCAAUCCGAAAGCAACCAUCAUGGCAACAUCCGCCGCUGCUGGUGGUGGUACACUGACGACAUCCAACGCUGCUGAAGUCAAAGAUGCCACCUUGAUUGAACUGUUGAAACGUGGUACCAAGGUGGCGGUGAAGCGUACCUGUUCCGAUUCCGGUCAAUUAGCAAUUACAACGCAGGCAACUCAACCGUCGGUUGCCACGGCUGCCCAUACCCGAACGGUAGUGCUUCCGGCAAACCUGAACAGUGCACCGUCCACACCAGGAUCGACACCACCGUUGGCACUGUCAAUUGCAAACAGUUUGACGACGAAUGGCAGCUCGACGGUAACUGCUAACUGCGACUCUUCGCCUCUCUCACUUACAAUAUCACAAGCGCCUUCCGGCAGUGCGGAUGUGUUCACUCUAGCCUAUUCCACCGAUGCCACCGGCGCUGCUGCCUUCUUUAGUGAUAACGACGUGUACAGUGUUAGUGAUACGACCAUGCUAUUGCAGGCCGUAGACUCGAUACAGUUGCUCCAAGAUCCCGCAUCCAACGAUCAGCUGGACGAGAUUGCAUCUCUCUCCGAUUACACUACCAUCAACGAGCAAACGUUUACCACUUCGCGGCAAUUGCAGGCCGUACUGGAUUCGCCACUUCCGGAAAGUCUGGCCGAAUUCAGUGCUCUCCAUUCCAAAGAUUUCAUUCUUUACGGCGGCGGCGCCAACGCUGGCAACACUUCCGAUCCAACCGGUAGCCAAGCUUCCAAUUCUCCACUACCGUCACCACUGGCCUAUCCGACACCUCCGGCAUCACACGAAGCUGUGGCGCAAGCAUCUCCCUUCCUGGACGAUUCCCGACACUUUUCCGAUGCCAGUUCGUUCUUCGAUGACAAACGUCCAACCUCUUCGGCUAACUUCCUCGACGAUGGUUUCUUCAAAACGGACUCCAAAGACGUCAAAUUGAGUGAUGAAAAAAUUCUCGCCCUGAAAAACGAGCUACUGGAUGAGAACAACGAUCUCUUCCGAAGCAACAAAAACAUCCUGGACGAUCACUGUCAUGAGCUGUUCAAAAGUGAAGACAGUUUCUUUGUAGAGGAGUCUCCGGCUAGUAGCAAACAACCGUCGUCAUCUUCGGCAUCCGUCACCACCGUGGAAGAAGUUGGUUCACCAUCGAAAAUCAAUCUGGACUUCCUGGACGAAGCUCAGGCAUUUAUCAACGAAAGUCGAAACGCUUCUUCGCCACUGUCGAAUGCGUUCUUCUCGGCCACCAUGUCAAGUGCGGAGGAAGUCAAGGAAGCCUUGGAGGAAGUGCUACCGAGCGAUGAAGAUGUGGUCAUCGCCGAAGCCGACAUCGAUCUGUACUACCUGAACGGACUGACGUCACUGCAGUCGCAGAUGAUGUCCAACUCGGAUGAUCCGCUGCUGUCGUCAUCACCGAAGGACUUUGCCCACCGGCAGCACCAGAAGUUUCUGUUCGAACAGCAGCAGGAAAUUCUGGCAGGUCCGCAACCACCACCGAACAGUACCAGCAACAGCACCUUCUCACCACCGAGUGCCAAAAAACAGAAAACUGAGACAGAUGCCUCGACGCUGACCAGCGUCGCCAGCAGUGAUACGAACGAAAUUCCACUAACCGUACAAACAGAGCAAAUUCCAAAAGACAACCACAGUGACUCCGUGUUCCUUAGUCCGAGUAGUAUCUCGUCUAGCAGCAGUGGCAGCAGCAGUUCACCAAAGCUCCAACAUGCCUUGCUUCGGAAACGACCUUCCUUGAUGCCUCCGACGGUAUCGAUCCGUAAGUCACCCAGCUAUCACUCGAAGCUACGGAAAUCUACAUCGGCAGUUCCCGUUACGCACUACACUCCCCAGCCGAUGUUGAAUCCUGGCCGAACUGCUCCCGGACUGUACUCCGUAAUCGCUUCCACGCUAGCCAAUCAUGCGAGCUGUUCAAUGUCCGAAUCGACCGUAGAUAACACUUCGGAUAUUUUUAGCGAACCACCACUUCCCAUUCGGCCCCGAAUCAAUCUCGGACACGACUACCAAGCUGCCAUUCCGGACUGUAUCACAUCCAGCUACCACAAUCAGCAUGAUCAUCAUAACCACAGUCAUCCAGUGGAUCAGCACAUGUGGGAUCCUGUGGUAGCUCAGAACGACGGCCAGAUUGCUCGUUUCGUAGAAUUGUCCCGUUCGUCUGCCGUGCCGCUGGGAUGUCACUCCGAGGAAACGGCUUUGAAGUCACUACUGGAAGCGCAAGGAGAAAUUCACAUCGCCAUCCUGAAUCUAAUGCAAACUCCACCGGCUGGCAUCCAUCGACGGUGGGCGGCAAACGAAAUGGAACAGUUCAUCCGAGGCCUCGAACUGUACGGGAAGGACUUUUUCCGAAUAGCAUCCGAACUGUUGCCGGAAAAGUCCACCGGUGACUGUGUCCAGUUGUACUACUUCUGGAAGAAACUUUGCGUGGACUACAAAACCACUCAUCUGCUGCAGCAUGGAGACAAUUCGAUGAAGUUCAUCAACAUGAACGUUAGUGCCGAUGAGUUGCUACUGGACCACAUCGGUUACACUACUAGCACUUCUGGUAGAUCCGGAUCCGGUGGUAGUGGUUCGAAUGCUGCUACUAACGGCGGCAGUGACGUGCGACCGCACGUCUGUGAGGUUCCCGAUUGUUCAGCGAGUUUCUCGUCGAAGGCCGCCCUGCACGGUCACAUCCGUAUUCACUGUAUCGGACGGUCGGCAGUACACCUGAAUGGCACUACGCAAAAUGGUAAUUUCUUGAGUACUACUGCCGCUGGUAACCCUAUUAACCCUAACCACAUACCAACAAAGGAUGAUUAUCCCUGCAAGGUGUGCGGCAAGGUAUUUAAUAAGGUAAAAAGCAGAAGUGCCCACAUGAAAUCCCACAGACCACAGGAUGCUAGCGAUCAACUGCAGCACCAACUGCAACUGCACCAACAGCAAAUUCAACAGCAACAGCAACAACAGCAGCAGCAACAACAACAACCACAAUGUUCAACGUAAACAAAAGCGAAGUUGACAGCUGUCAAAUGUCAACAUGACACAUAAACAGAUGAAACAAUGUUAAAUUUCGAGACAAUCUUAAACCAGUGCGGUUGAGAAAAAAUAUGCACACAAGUGUUGUUACAAACAAACCAACAAAAGAAAAACAAUAACAAAAAAUAGAAAACCGAAAGCCACCUCGAAUAUUAAUCAUCAAACUUUUAAACCCGUAAUGUCGAACCUGAGCAAACCAUAGUAACGGAGGUUGUAAAGCAAAUCGUAAAUAUUACCGAGCAAAAUCCCACUGAAAACAAAGUAAGUAAACAAACACAAGCACACACACACAUUCAACAAACACUAAUUGAAAAUGCGUGAGCGAGUGCAGAAAAGCGAAAAUAAAAUGUCAAAUUAUCUGAACAUCUAUAUAUACAACACAUACAUUGAGGUGAAACUUCCAAUUAUUCAUAAAAUUAUAUAUUAAUAUAACAUCUACUUUAACAUAAGCUUAGAAAGGAAAAAAAACUGUUUUUGUAUACUUUUUGUUGUUGAACUUUCUACACUUCAAAGACAUAACAAUGUACAUACAAAAAAAAACAUUAUAACAAAUCAAUUGUUGAUGAGAAAUCUUGUAUUCUUUUUAAAUCUUUUAGCAAUAGUGAAACACAAUACAAAAGUCAAAUCAAACGAUCGAUAACAAAUCAAAAACAAAACAAAAACAAAGAAACGAAUACACUGGGCGUGGCCUUUUUAUGAAGACAAAACUAAAAAAAUCGGAGAUUUUUGUGAGUUUUAGCGAAGCUAUUUCCUACCGAAAACUACCACCACCACCAACCACUACCCAGAGUGUAAAUACCGACAUGCCCCAGUCCCGCCCUGGAGAAUAUUUACGGCAUCAAUCAUCGCGUGAUGAUGAUGGUCCAUUGAAAAACUCAUUCACUCUCACACACACAUACACACAGGAAAACAAAACAAACGAAAUGCAAAGCCAACUAAGUUUUUCUAUAUUAAAUAGUCGUCCUCCAUUUCUCUAAUCAAUCUCUCGAACUCCAAACUCUCAUAGGUGACUUCUUAUCUUUCCAGUAUUAUAGAGACAAAACAAAACAAACAAACAAACAAUAACAACAACAACAACAACCUGAGGUACCACGAAAGAAUAAUCGGAGUGUAAGCAACUAUACUCUCGAAUCGGAAGGAAAAUAGUUCAACCGAAAAGGAUAAGAAAGUCUAUAUUCUUUCUCUUGUAGAAACAAAAAAUGCGUACACUCUUAAACACACACAGAUACAUGAACACGAAAACACACAAUUUAGCAUAAUAUUUAACCCUUAAAAGGAAAAGUAAAUGACGAAGAAAAAAACAUGGUUGUACCUAGAACUUAAGUGUUGAUCGAUGUCCCUAAUUCUAUAUAUAUAUAUAUAUUAUUAUGAUACAGAAAUAGAACAGAAACUACACAGCAAACAUUAAAGAAAAGAAAAAAAACAACCUAAGGAAAAUGACAAAAAAUAUAUAUUAUUAUUAUUAUAUAUUUAUUAAUUAGAAGGUUAAACUAUUGGUAAACUUCGUACUGUGGUGGAACCCGCGGCUAGAAGAAAACGGAAGAAGAGAGAAGUUUAUUUAGCAGACAGACAAAACGGAAACGGAAGAAACUAAACUAACCGACCGAAAGGAAAAGCGUGCGAAAACUGCUCAUUCUGGAUUUUGCAAAACUUUUUACAAAACAAAAAAAAACUGGGCGUUCCACUCAACUCCCCGCUUCCGACAUUGACUCGUUUCGACUGAUUUGUUGUUGCUCACACCAUAUCCGCAUAUCCGAGAACGAAGGAAGAAAGAAGAAAAGGUCAACCAACCUUCUCGUGCUCAAGAACAAAACAUGGCAAUAAUAAACUCGCUCACCCGGGUUUUUUCAACGGGCGUCGAGAGGAAAUAGUGGUAUGAAUUUCGAACGCUCAGAUAGCCGUAGGAAAAAUUGAAAAAAGAAAAAUAACAAACAGGAAACUAAAGUUGUGAGAUUUAUUCUAGCUUUUUAUUGGUUGUGAUAUUAGUUUAUUUUUUCUUUUUUUCCGAAUCGGAAAAGUAGGUAAACAAAAAUAGGCUCAAAUUCGGGGAAAAAAAUUAUUGAAAAACGUUUUGAUCGAUAAGCAUUAUUGAUUGCGCUAGGUUUUUGAACCACUUUGGUACAGCAAGGAUAGUUUGCAUCGGAAAAGAUCUAGGUGGCCCAGAACACGGGUCAACGUAACCAAGACAACACAAGCAGUCUAGCAGAUUUCCGAUAUGACUUCAAACAUGCACUGGUUACUAGAUCUACGGUGAACACGUGUUUCAGAUGAUACUCGCACAUUUCAUAUCAUGUCACACUCGAAGGUUCCAAAAUGUGGUGCAUGGAAAUUGAAAGCUAUGUUGAGAUUUCAACGAAGCCAAUUGAACUGUAGACUUGAUUUCAAAAAUUUGUGAUUACUGAACUCUUGAAAAAGUACUUUCAUAAGCUACGAAUAUCAAACACCCAAGCAUCAACUUUCUUCCUCGCUGGAGAAAAACGAGGGCGUCAUCGAAUGAUAGAUGAUAGCGGAAUAUUGCUUCACGGUUACUAAUUUGCUACAAACGAUACGAAUUUUUUUUCUACUGCAAGUCCACCAGAAAAGUUGACACUUUGGCAGGAAAUGUACUGGCAGGAAAUUCCGCCGUCUGUAUCGUAUCGCUAUUUUGACAUUUUAACACCUACCAACUGCUUCAACGAUUUUAAUGUCAUGGUUAGUGAAACUUUGGAACAUUUCGUUUUGUAUUCGCUUCGGUCUUAACCCUGUUUUCCUGUAUAGUCUUCCACGUCUGAAGCGGUUCAAACGAUUAUUACUUUAAUAUUCUUAAAUAUCGAAAAGUUUACUCUACUAACACUAACCUUUCUAAUCUGCUCCAAUUGUUUCUAUCUUUGUUGAUGUUAAUGUCAAAAAAAAUUGGAAUACUUAUCAUAAUUGAUCUGCUUCCGUUGACACUCGGUUUCAUCGAAUCGUUGAUAUGAUAAACAUAAAUCAUUUACAUUCUCGGAAAAUUUGUCUACUGGAUUACUCGCUUUUGUUCUUUUAGAGGAAUAUAAAAAAAACUACGAAACAUAUACUGGCCUUGAGAUAAAAGUAGUUAAAAAGGAAAAGAGACUAGGCUAUUGUCUUAUUAUAAGUUAUAUAAGUAUAUCGGAGACUUCUAUGAAAUUGAUGAAUGAGGAAGUAUAAAGUAUUCUACAAUCGACAGUUUUACACUGCAGUCCAAAACAAGAAUGGCAUGUAUCAUGCAAAGAAGCUACUAGGUGUGGUUGUUGGAUGAUGUGGUCCACGUGAAUCGUAGCUCUUAAGAGACACAAAUCUCACCUUUUCAGCCGUUAAGUGAAACCUUUGUCAGUGUUAGUGAGAAAAUGAGGUUCAUUCAAUUCAAUUCGCAAUAGAUCCAUUACAGAGCAUUACGAUUUUUUCCGUCACCAACAAAGGAUCAAUUCCGGUAUGGUUUGACUGGGGGGCGGCCCGUUUGGCAUAAGGUCAUUUGGCAUAAUACCGUUUGGCAUAACGCUGUUUGGCAUAAUGGUUAUUUGGCAUAACAGUUAUUUGGCAUAAUGGUCUUUUGGCAUAAUGGUCAUUUGGCAUAAUGCCAUUUGGCAUAAUAAUAAUGGGAUUUGCAAUAUUUUAAUCUAAUGAAAAUUUUCGUAUGUGUUUCGAUCGAUUGAUGUUGUGCAAGGGAAACUCGAACGAAAUAUGUGAAACCUUUUUACAUAAGCAACUCACUUAGUGCCAGCACAAUAUUCUAUUCGUCAUAGAUGAUUCAGGUCGAGACGGCCGAAGGCCGCGAGUGCGCCGGCGACCCGCCGUCGGAAGCGCCUGCCACUGCGGGGGGGCAGCGCCCCCGCAGUAAUCACCUCUGUCUAGUUGCGGGCGUUUGCCCGGAUUACCCAAAGCUAGGAGCAAUCUCUCAGUUAAGUCCGAACGAGCGGCAGCGAGGUCGGACAUCAGGUCAUUAAAAACGAUGCGGCGUAGCCGCAUUAGACCCUUCAAAAUUGCACUAAAUUAGAACAAUUUCUAUUAAGCAGCAUGUUCAUCUGUUAUGCCAAAUGACUGUUAUGCCAAAUAACCAUUAUGCCAAAUAACCAUUAUGCCAAACGGCGUUAUGCCAAACGGUAUUAUGCCAAACGACUUUAUGCCAAACGUGGUAGCCCCGUUUGACUGAGUGCAACUUCUUUACUUAUUGUUUUUUUUGUAAGAACUGUAAAUUGAAGGUAAUUUGGGGGUACGCACCCGAAGCCCUGACUCACAAAUUUUUCUAAAAAGCCGCCCAUGAGUCAGAGAACCGAAAUUCAAUGCAAAAAAAUUCUAGAGCGUAAAUAAUAUUCACUACUCAGUUUUACGCUGAAGUGUGGUAAAACCAAUGCAGUUUUAAAACCACAAAAUCAUCACCGAGAGCACCAAAAUUGUUUGAUCGGUUCGACUGCCAAGGAAAAAAUAAUAUGAAGUUGAAACAAAACGAUGAGAGUAGUUCCGUAUAGCAUGAGAAACUGAUACACGAUCUCUCAGAAUUUCGUAAUAUUUGGAAGAAUCAUUCUUCAUCGAAAAAUAUUAGACCCGUAUUGUUUUAUGUAUUUCCUCGUAAGGGUGGAUCAAAAAAUCGAUUCUUUUCGAUUUUCUUCAAAAAAUACAUUUUUUUGAAUAAUAACUUUUGAACCACUUUGCCGAUUCCGCUAAUUUUUGGAUAUGUUGUCAAGAAAUGCCUAUACAUUUUAGGGAAAAAAAAUGCGAAUAUUGUAAAGUUGAAGUUUACAAUUUUUGGAUAUGUUAGGUAAAAAUGUUUCAGCUUUCAGAAACAAAAUUACAUAGUGCUCGUUGGUCGUAAACCAUGAAAACCAUUAAAAAGUUAUACAAUUGACUUUUUCAAACACAAAACUACAAUUUUACAAUAUUCGCAUAUUUUGCCUAAAAACUAUAGGCAUUUUUUGAAAACAUAUCCAAAAAUUAGCAGAAUCGACCGAGUGGUUCAAAAGUUAUGAUUUUCAUAAAAAGGUGGGUGGGUAAUGUCAGAGACAUAACUGGAUGUCGUGAAUACGAAAACAACUGACAUGUUCCUUAAUAAUUCCGAAUAUCAGUUAGUUGAUUAAUUGUAUGAAUUAUGCAAGCAUUCCCCUUUUUCACAUUUUUCGCAAAAACAAAGAAAAAGGCUUCACUUGAUCUCGAUUACUGUGAAUUCCACACAGCGAAAAAUGUACAAAUCUAAUCGAACAGCUCUAGAUUUGCACUAAGCUGAGGAUUUUUACCUUCGAUUUGCGAAGAAGAAAUCCUAAUAGUUCUUUAGAAAACUUUUAGAGCCAUUGGAACGGCUGAUUUUGUGUGAUGCUCUCCACCGUUGUCCCCUUUUCGUUGCUUUUUCACCAAUGCAAACGACUAGCAGCUGUGACGUAAUCGCUCUUGUCGGAAGCGAAACUAGCUUUGCAAACGACACACAAUACAUCUGCUCGCAGUGGCGAUAGAAUCCAAACUGAUCCAAUUUUUGUUGAGAGGUUUCUUCUUACGUGAUUUCGUUUGUAGCUUUUUCACUAAUGGGCGGUCCUAACGGCUAUAAAAAUAGCAGCAUAUAGAAUUUUAAUGUCGAUUAUUUCAUUUCGGAUUUGCAUUUCAUUGAAAGAAACUAUCAGGAUGCGAUUCAUUCCUGCCUUUCAGAAGGAUCAAAUUGUGGAACUCACUACGAUAUUAAACACUGUUCGGAACAUUUUCUCGAACGAUUUGUUGUACAGCAGCAGAUAUUUUGUUCUCUUACUCAGAACGCGUUCUGAUUGGCUGGUGUUGACAUAGAUCAAAUGAGACAGGUUUCUCAAUAGUGUAUUAUUGAAAUAUUUCAAUGCUGUUGCUAUACACGUUUCGAUUCUAUUGGUGGUUAGAUUAUAUAAAUACUUUCACAGAUCGCUGAGCUAUGAGCUUUAAAAAUACGAGAAAGGCAAACGCGCCUUAUGAAUUACCCUCUUUGAUACUCGUUUAUACCAAACAUUUUAGAAAAGUUUAAUUUUGAAUUAUUUGAGAUAAUGUCACACAACUGAAAAUUUUAUCAUAAUAUUGUGAUCAUAUUUCCGAUGGCAUGUAGCAAAAAUUAUGUUGAUUCGUUAGAUACAACGAGAUAUUCACGAUCAAAAACUUAUCACUCUCUCAGAGGGUGCAUUUUGAAAUGGCGCCCCAUAGUAAAUUAUGUCGUAUUCACGACAAAAUGUUUUUUUUUGAAGAAAAUCGAAAAUAAUCGCCCAAGUAGCACACGUUAUUACACUUCAAUGACAGUAACUUUUAUGACACAAAUUCAUGGAACAAGUUGAAGACUUUGCAACGUGCAUUAUAACUGCCAUGUAACCUGAAAAGCGUAAGAGGCGAAGCUUAUGCGACUUACAAAGGGUUGCCAAACAACUUCUCAGUGAAGAAUAUUUGAUUUGAUUCAGCGCGCACAUCAGUCACAAUGAAACAGAAAAUAUAAGUUUGUGUCAAGUUACAAUUUGUUGAUGUUUUUCCCAUUCAACAUUUACGACCAAAAAUUGGCAUCCGAUAAUGAGAGCUAAAAUAUAGCAUUCAAUAUUCUUUAAACUCAUUAUAUCUACUCAAAAUCUAAGUGCUAUUCGAUAUUUAUGGUGAAGUUGAUCAUUGUACUUAUUGAAAACGUGCGCGCCUUCGAUAUUUUGGUUUUCAGAACAUCGACAUACAAAAUGAUAUUCAUAUUUUGAUUCCCGUCAUAUGAAAUUUACAACUAAAAAGUCGAAAUAUGUUCAGAUAGAUGUUUUUUUUGAAUAAUUUUACUUUUUCAUAUACCAAAGUUAAAAUAGUUGACUAAUCGCAAUAAUUAAAAAUUGCAUUUUUUUCAAAUUUAAUGAAUAUUUCAUUCCCUGGUCAUAAUGGUAGUCAAUUGUAUAAAUUUUUCCAUGCAUACAUGGCCGUGACAAAGUUUAGAAAUAUCUGGUAGUGAGAAUGUACUUCUCAAAACGAAACAAGUUUGCUUCUCACAUGUACCGGCAAAAAAUUCGCAGAUUUAACUAUAGCCAAUUUUUAAACUGAAGGAAUUUUCUACUUAUUCUACUUAUUGAUUUAAUAUUAUUGUCCGGGAUAAUGUACGGAAGCUUUCAACCGACACUGUAAUUGUAUUUCUUUGUUGAAUCACAACGAAUACGGUAACCGAUAUGAAAUCAUUACUUAACUUUGUCUUGUAGUGUGUCACUUUUUCAUUGUCACAUUUUGUUACGGUGACCAGUUGGCGACUAAAAACAGUCAAUGCGAGCACGUCGUAAGAGUUAGAUUACCGAAAUGUUACGUUGGAACUUAUUGUAACUUAGUAUGAUGAGAUGUCAAUUCGUAACAUUAUUUUGACUCCAUUAUCACCAUCAUAAUACGACUUGUUUCGUCGUGUUUCUCAUGCGACCAUUAUGCAGCAUCUGUUUUGAUUCUAUUUUUUAUUAACAAGUUACAUGUGCUACUUGGGCGUUUUUUGGACCCACCCUGACAAGAAAAUGGUCACCCUAAUGAUAAAAUAAAAAAAAAAUACGGGUCUAAUAUUUUUCGAUGAAGAACGAUUCUUCCAAAUAUUACGAAAUUCUGGUAGAUCGUAUAUCAGUUUCUCAUGGAAUUGCUGAUAGACCAGAUAAGACUAAUGAAAUU